GAUCCAUCGACUUCCUUCCGAGACCAGGCUUCGAGGAUACAACAAACAUUCCGACGCGUUUGACCAGGAAUUCAAAUCGGAUCCACACGGCAAGAUAGAUUAGGCACCGACCAAAGCAUAGAUCUGCAGAAAGAACAAACCGGAGAGCAGCCAACAACAAACAAUUAUCAGCGAAUAGCAUAGCAUACAACAACCCACGAUGAUGAAACCCACGACAGCAGCCAUUCUCGCCGCCCUGGCCCUCGCCGGCUCGAAGCAUUCGGCCGAGGCCUUUGUCCCCAACCAUUCCGCGACCUCGGCAAAGGCUACCACCACCUCCCUCUCCAUGGCGGGGCCCGGCGACACGGCCACCAAGGACAUUCCCUACGGUGAAACCUCCCGCCAGUUCCGCCGGACGGUCUACACGCACGACGACUGGGUCAAGCACCGAUCGCCCAACCGGUUCGUCAAGAAUCUCUUCUCGAUCGGAUCCUCGGGCAUCUACAAGGUGCGUGCUUUGUUUUGUUUUUGGUUGUGUGGUGUGGUGUGGUGUCGUUUGGUGUGUUGUGUUGCGUUGUGUUGUGGGCCGUGUGCCUUUUGUGUUACAGGAAGUGCCCACGACCCUUGCGACGCCAAACCAUUGCCCGCAAACGUUGUCGACUCACGGAAUCCGAAUUUUUUUCUCUUUUUCUGGCUCCUCGCCCACACGCCGUGUCGGAACUGCGUCCGAUCGUUCCCCCCCCCCACACCCCCACCCCGCUCCCGCUUUGGUUGUUUCUCCUUACAGAACGUCGGACGGGAGGUCUCCACCACCACGACGGUUGCCACCAUCAUCUUUUUGUGGAACAUGCUCACGGUGGGAUACGACGACUUCAACCAGAUCCACCACGCGCCCCUCAUCGACAACUACUACGUCCCCGGCCUCACCCUCCCGCUGACCCCCUUCACCCUGGCCUCGGGAUCCCUCGGUCUCCUCCUGGUCUUUCGCACCAACACGGCCUACCAGCGGUGGGACGAGGCCCGAAAGAACUGGGGUAUGAACAUGUGAGUAUC